AACGAAACGAAGCACACAUCAGGAAGUCAUGCUCUUUCCAACAACAACAGCAAAAGCGCAUAUAAGAGAACUUGAGGAAGAAGUGAAGCUCCUCAAGAACCUUUCGCACCCCAAUAUUGUGAGGUACCUCGGGACUGUCCGUGAGGAAGACACACUGAAUAUCCUGCUGGAGUUUGUUCCUGGAGGGUCUAUCCAGUCGCUUCUUGGAAAACUCGGUUCAUUCCCGGAGGCAGUCAUUAGGAAGUAUACUAGGCAGAUUUUGCAAGGGUUGGAAUAUCUGCAUAGCAAUGCAAUAAUACAUAGAGACAUUAAGGGUGCAAACAUUCUUGUUGAUAACAAAGGCUGCAUUAAGCUUGCCGAUUUUGGGGCAUCUAAGCAAGUUGCCAAGUUGGUAAGAUUGAUGUUCAAUAUGCUGUUAAGGUCGAGUAUAAUAGCUUGGAAGAAAUAAAACCUUCAUGUGCUUGUCAAGUGAUCAAAACAAUAAUUUACAACAGAAUAGCAAAUGCUAAACCUUUCCUGUCUAAUUAUGCCAUCAGAUUAUGGAUUCUUAUUUA